AUGCAUUUGUAUGAUUCAAUUCCAGAAGUUUCGAAAGUUUCGUUGAAUAUAAAACCUUCGAAAUGCAAUCCUCGAACUUUUGGAAAUCUUCGAAACGAGAAACUUUCGAAAGAUCGUGGACCGUUAAAGGUCAUUACUCAUGGAUUGAAGUUGAAGAAGUUUUCUGAAGUUCCUGUGCCACAUCCUGUAGAGCGUUGGAUUCGGGAAUCUGGGCUGCUACCUCUUUCUUCGGCCUACCUCACUAUGGUUGAUGCUGGUCUCGUCUCGGCAUUUAUUGAAAGAUGGCACAGGGAGACCAGCUCAUUUCAUUUGCCAUUUGGAGAGAUGACCAUUACUUUAGACGACGUAGCUACUCUCCUUCACAUAUCACCGAAUGGUAAAUUUUUUGAUGCACCUGUGAAUAUGAGUACUAAUAAUGCUGCUAGAGCUGCACAUGAGUACUUAGGUGCAACUUGGGAGGAAUCUCUAGCUGAAAUUAAUUUUAAUAAAUGUGCCCAAUAUAGAUUGCAGUGGCUGCGUGACUUAUAUAGUCGUCUCAUUCAAACUAAUCAGUUUGAGUAUGCGGCUAGAGCGUAUCUAUUGCACUUAGUUGGCAGCACCAUUUUCGCCGAUAAAACGCAUACGCGUGUGGAGGCGAAAUACAUUAGUUUAUUUAUUGAUUUAGCUCGUUGUCGACACUAUUCGUGGGCUGCCGCGGCAUUGUGGGGGGUGGCAGGUCAAAUUGGGGGGGUGCCUGGUACAAAACUCGACCCAAAAUCAGGUCGAUGCUGA